AGAAAAUUGAAAGCACUUUAUUGAACUCGUCACUCCCUCUCUCUCUCUCUCUCACACAGUAGUCUUCUCACUCAUCUGAUAUUUAUUUUGGUUCAUUUGAUACUCUCCAUCGAAAAUAAAUCUUCUUCAAUUCCGCUAUUCACCACAUAAAAAAUUUUGGUUUUACUUGUUGGAAUUUUGGUCACUUUUAGUAUUGUAACUACUGGACAUGGCUGCUACACUGAAAGCCAGCGGUACUGCAACUGGUAAAGCUGGGAUCCCAGCUGAAAUUCCAGCAAUUGCUCAUCCGCUGGCAGAGGAGCCCACUGAGAUUGCGUCCAAUAUUAAUUACCAUGCUCAAUACGGUCCCCAUUUUUCCCCUUUCAAGUUUGAGCCAGAGCAAGCAUACUAUGCAACUGCAGAGAGUAUCCGUGAUCAAUUGAUAAAACAAUGGAAUGAGACCUAUCUUCAUUAUCAUAAAGCCAAUCCAAAGCAGACAUACUACCUAUCGAUGGAAUAUCUCCAAGGACGAGCACUGAGUAAUGCAGUUGGAAAUCUUGACAUUCAAAAUGCAUAUGCCAAUGCUUUGAAGCAACUGGGUCAUGAAAUUGAGAAUAUUGUAGAGCAGGAGAAAGAUGCAGCUCUUGGAAAUGGUGGUUUAGGAAGGCUGGCUUCAUGUUUUCUAGACUCAAUGGCAACGUUGAAUUUGCCUGCAUGGGGCUAUGGUUUAAGAUACAGAUAUGGGCUGUUCAAGCAACUGAUCACCAAAGCAGGCCAGGAGGAAAUUGCAGAAGACUGGUUGGAGAAGUACAGUCCCUGGGAAGUUGUCAGGCAUGAUAUUGUCUUUCCAAUAAGAUUCUUUGGUCAUGUUGAGGUUCUGCCUAAUGGCUCCCGGAACUGGGUCGGUGGUGAGGUCUUACAAGCUGUUGCAUAUGAUGUGCCAAUUCCUGGAUACAAAACCAAGAACACUAACAGUCUUCGUCUCUGGGAUGCCAAAGCUACUGCCGAGGACUUUGACUUAUUUCAGUUCAAUGAUGGACAGUACGAAUCUGCUGCACUUCUUCAUUCCAGGGCUCAACAGAUUUGUGCUGUUCUAUAUCCUGGGGAUGCUACUGAAAAUGGAAAACUUUUACGACUAAAGCAGCAGUUUUUCCUAUGUAGUGCAUCGCUUCAGGACAUUAUUUCCAGAUUUAAGGAGAGGAGCAAUGGAAAUAAUGAGAUUCGGUGGUCUGAAUUCCCCACUAAAGUUGCAGUACAACUGAAUGACACACAUCCUACUCUUGCAAUUCCCGAGUUGAUGCGUUUGCUAAUGGAUGUUGAAGGACUUGGAUGGGAUGAAGCUUGGGAUAUCACCACAAGGACAAUUGCUUAUACGAAUCAUACAGUCCUUCCUGAAGCACUGGAAAAAUGGUCACAAGCAGUCAUGUGGAAACUCCUUCCUCGCCAUAUGGAAAUCAUUGAAGAAAUUGACAAGAGGUUCAUUUCCAUGAUCCAGUCAACAAGACCUGACCUUGAGAAUAAACUUUCUGGCAUGCGCAUUUUGGAUCACAACCCACAGAAGGCAGUUGUGCGCAUGGCCAACUUAUGUGUGGUGUCUUCACACACAGUAAGAGUUUAUUCUGCAGCAUCAUGCAUAAAUUUGAUCAUUGCACACUUCUUUGAAAUAUAUUUUUUAGAUUCUAAAGACAAUUUUAGAGAAGAGAUUGGAGAGGAGAAUUUCUUUCUUUUUGGUGCCACUGCAGAUGAAGUUCCUCGCCUUCGUAAAGAAAGAGAGAAAGGAACGUUCAAACCCGAUCCGCGUUUCGAAGAGGCCAAAAAAUUGGUCAGAUCUGGAGCGUUUGGAACCUACGAUUAUAAUCCACUCCUCGACUCACUCGAGGGUAAUUCUGGAUAUGGUCGUGGUGAUUAUUUUCUUGUUGGGCACGACUUUCCAAGCUACAUGGAAGCUCAGGCAAGGGUGGAUGAAUCUUACAAGGACAGAAAACAAUGGAAUAAAAUGUCUAUCCUAAGCACUGCUGGCAGUGGAAAGUUUAGCAGUGAUCGGACAAUUUCUCAGUAUGCAAGUGAAAUAUGGAAGAUAGAGGAAUGCCGUGUAGAAAAAGUCUGAAAAUGAUCAAAUAAUAACUUCGUAGACUGCUCGUCUGAAGAAAAGGAAAAGGUAAAAGAAAUAAUACAUAGGUUGAAGGUGCCUUAAAAUGCUUGCCGGGCUUGUUGCCUUCCCCUUUAGCUGUCGUCCCCUUUAUUUUGUCAUAAGCUUGCCAGGCUUGUUGCCUUCCCCUUGAGCUGUCGUCCCCUUUAUUGUGCCAUAAGUCAACUAGUUCCGCAUUUCAUAUUUUAUCCUCUUAGCAAAUGUAUUCCUAAUAGAAUUUGGUGCGUUUGUUGUAUGGUUAUUUGCUACCAUUUCUCUUUCAAGUUCCAUUUCAUUAUGAAAGGUAAUAAUCUCUCUUUACUGCACUAGUUUGUUUCA